CUAAACAAAUUGCGUUUUAGAUCAGUUGUUAAAGAAUAAAUUUGACCAAGAAAAAGAAGUCAUAUCUCUGCUCAACUCAAUAAAUGUGAGGUUUAUCUUGUAAUGGGUAUGGAUGGUGUAGGGACUAAACUUAAAUUGGCAUUUGAGACCGGAAUUUAUGAAACUGUUGGAAUCGACUUGGUCGCUAUGAGUGUGAAUGAUAUUGUUACUUCUGGUGCAAAGCCUGAAGUUUGGGAGGAUCAGACCCUUUUCAAGUGGCGUAAGAGAGAUCCUCAUGUCACCUUGCGUUGCCAUGAAUCCGUCCAAGGGGCUUUGAGGUACUGGUAUCAGCGCAAUAACGUGGAUCUCACCGUAUCAAAAUCUGCUGUUUGGAAUGAUGAUGCUGUUCAAGCUGCUCUUGAUAGCGCUGCUUUUUGGGUCGAUGGCUUGCCCUUUGUUAAGUCUUUAUCUGGUUACUGGAAGUUUUUCUUGGCUCCUAAACCUGCAAAUGUUCCUGACAAAUUUUAUGAUCCUGCAUUCCCUGAUUCAGACUGGAACGCUUUACCCGUUCCUUCCAAUUGGCAGUGUCAUGGAUUUGAUCGGCCUAUCUAUACGAAUGUGGUGUACCCUUUCCCGAAUGACCCUCCUCAUGUUCCUGAGGAUAAUCCUACUGGUUGCUACAGAACCUACUUCCAGAUUCCCAAAGAAUGGAAGGACAGAAGAAUACUUCUUCACUUUGAAGCUGUAGACUCCGCAUUCUUUGCUUGGAUAAAUGGCAACCCUGUUGGGUACAGUCAAGAUAGCAGGUUACCGGCUGAAUUUGAAAUAUCUGAUUAUUGCUAUCCAUGGGACUCGGGGAAACAAAAUGUUCUUGCUGUCCAAGUCUUUAGAUGGAGUGAUGGUUCAUACCUUGAAGACCAAGAUCAUUGGUGGUUGUCUGGUAUUCAUCGAGAUGUGCUUUUGUUAGCAAAGCCCAAGGUAUUCAUUGCUGACUACUUUUUCAAGUCAAAAUUGGCAGAUGACUUUUCCUACGCAGACAUCCAGGUUGAAGUGAAGAUAGACAAUAUGCAGGAGUCCUCAAAGCAUCUUGUUCUUUCUAACUUCAUCAUAGAGGCUGCCGUAUUUGAUACUAAAAAUUGGUACAACUCUGAAGGAUUUAAUUGUGAACUUUCUCCCAAGGUGGCUAAUUUGAAGCUUAAUCCUUCUCCAAGCCCAACUCUUGGAUUUCAUGGUUAUUUGCUUGAGGGAAAACUGGAUUUGCCAAAUCUCUGGUCAGCUGAACAACCAAAUGUUUACAUCCUCGUUUUAACUCUAAAAGAUACAUCUGGGAAAGUCCUUGAUUCUGAAUCAAGCAUUGUUGGCAUUCGGCAAGUAUCAAAGGCCUUCAAACAGCUUCUUGUUAAUGGGCACCCAGUGGUGAUAAAAGGUGUAAACAGGCAUGAGCACCAUCCACGUGUUGGGAAGACGAAUAUAGAGGCCUGCAUGGUCAAGGAUUUAAUCAUGAUGAAAGAAUAUAAUAUCAAUGCGGUGCGAAACAGUCAUUAUCCUCAACAUCCCCGCUGGUAUGAAUUAUGUGAUUUGUUCGGCAUGUACAUGAUCGAUGAAGCCAAUAUAGAGACACACGGUUUUGAUCUCUCUGGGCAUCUGAAGCACCCUGCGAAAGAGCCAAGCUGGGCAGCCGCUAUGCUGGAUCGAGUAGUUGGGAUGGUUGAAAGAGACAAAAACCAUACAUGCAUAAUUUCUUGGUCACUGGGAAAUGAGGCUGGCUAUGGGCCUAAUCAUUCUGCUAUGGCAGGUUGGAUUAGGGAAAAAGACCCCUCACGGUUGGUGCACUAUGAAGGUGGUGGUUCCAGAACAAGUUCUACUGAUAUAGUCUGCCCUAUGUACAUGCGGGUUUGGGACAUCAUCAAGAUUGCACUUGAUCAAAAUGAAUCACGGCCGUUGAUAUUAUGCGAGUAUCAACAUGCGAUGGGUAACAGCAACGGGAAUAUAGAUGAGUACUGGGAGGCAAUUGACAAUACCUUUGGCCUGCAAGGAGGUUUCAUAUGGGACUGGGUUGACCAGGGGCUAUUGAAACUGGGGUCAGAUGGCAUUAAGCGUUGGGCAUAUGGAGGGGACUUUGGUGACCAGCCUAAUGAUUUGAACUUCUGUCUCAAUGGGCUUAUAUGGCCUGACCGAACUCCUCAUCCAGCACUCCAUGAGGUUAAGCAUUGUUAUCAACCAAUCAAGGUUUCAUUGACGGAUGGCUUGAUAAAGGUUGCAAACACUUACUUUUUCCACACAACAGAAGAAUUGGAGUUUAGCUGGACAAUUCAUGGGGAUGGUCUUGAACUUGGAUCUGGGACUCUCUCUAUUCCUGUGAUAAAGCCACAAAAUACUUUUGAGAUGGAAUGGAAGUCAGGUCCAUGGUUUUCUUAUUGGAAUGACUCAAAUGCUGGAGAAUUGUUUCUGACAAUAACUACCAAGCUUUUAAAUCCUACUCGUUCGCUUGAAGCUGGUCAUCUUUUGUCUUCAACGCAGAUUCCUUUACCAGCAAAGAGACAAAUUAUACCGCAGGCGAUAAAAAAGACAGACACUAUUAUCACUUGUGAAACUGUUGGAGAUUUCAUUAAGAUCAGCCAGCAAGAUUCAUGGGAGCUAAUGAUAAAUGUCCGAAAAGGAGCUAUUGAAAGUUGGAAGAUUCAAGGAGUUCUCCUUAUGAAGGAAGCUAUACUGCCAUGCUUUUGGCGUGCACCUACAGACAAUGAUAAAGGUGGAGGUGACUCUAGUUAUUUUUCGAGGUGGAAAGCAGCACAGUUGGAUAAUGUGGAGUUCCUUGUUGAAAGCUGUUCAGUGAAGAGCAUCACUGAUAAAGCCGUAGAGAUAGAGUUCAUUUACCUUGGUUCUUCAGCUUCUGGCUCUUCAAAGUCAGAUGCCUUAUUCAAAGUCAAUGUUACAUAUCUGAUCUAUGGUUCCGGAGAUAUCAUCACCAAUUGGUCUGUAGAACCAAACUCUGAUCUUCCACCGCUACCACGUGUAGGUAUAGAAUUUCACAUUGAAAAAACACUGGACCGUGUAGAAUGGUAUGGCAAAGGUCCAUUUGAGUGUUACCCAGACCGAAAAGCAGCAGCCCAUGUGGCGAUAUAUGAACACAAUGUUGGAGACAUGCAUGUCCCUUAUAUUGUUCCAGGAGAAAAUGGAGGUAGAACAGAUGUUAGGUGGGUGACAUUCCGAAACAAGGAUGGUGUAGGAAUAUAUGCUUCAACAUAUGGUAGCUCUUCUCCAAUGCAGAUGAAUGCUAGUUACUAUACAACCGGUGAGCUUCAUCGUGCAACGCAUGAAGAGGAUCUUAUCAAAGGACAAAACAUCGAGGUGCAUCUGGACCACAAACACAUGGGUCUUGGGGGAGAUGAUAGCUGGACUCCAUGUGUUCACGAUAAAUUAGCCUCCACGCGCUUUUAUAUUACUGCCACAGUGGCAAAUCCACCUUCUUCCCUCUCAUGGCCACCACCACCACAACCAUCAUCAUCUUCAACACCUUUCGCCGCCGUCUCAAUCCCACCUGAUCACUCUUCCUCCGCCGUUGGAAUCAGUACUCCAGACUACAUGUUAGGUCUUCGAAACAUCAUUCUCUUACCCCCAUCACCGCAGAUAACAACACGGCCGUCUCCUUCUCCGGUAAACAUCGCGGCGGUGGAAGACAACAACACAGUUGGAGAAAAAGUAUGCAGAGACUGUGGAAACAGAGCAAAGAAAGAGUGUUUGUUCGAAAGAUGUAGAACUUGUUGUAAAAGCAGAGGAUACAACUGUGUCACUCACGUGAAGAGCACGUGGAUUCCUUCUUCUGCAACUCGUUCUUCAUCUUCUCCUUCUGAGAGGAAGAAGAAGCUCAAAAUCGAUAAACAGAGUUCCGCUAAUGUCUCGCUACUUCCGACAACCACUUCUCGUCAAGAGAGAAGCUUCAAAGAGGGGUUACCGGGGAAAAUUGAAGCUCCGGCGGUUUUUAAACGGACAAGAGUAACAGCAAUAAGCAACAACGAGCAAGCAGAGAUUGGUUAUCAAGCAACUGUAACCAUUAGUGGCCAUGUCUUCAAAGGCUUUCUUCAUUAUUAUGGUGUUGAUCACAACAAAGCUUUUCCAUGUCUUUCUCAAAAAUGAUGAAAACUACUUCAUAGGAUUCUGUAUAGAGUUUCUCUGUUUUCAUCUCAAAGUUUUUGUCUUUUUUAGCUAUGUGGAUUGUAUAUUCGAUAUUAAGGGACAAAACAUUAAUGGGCCAUUCCAUUCUUA